AUGCACUCACUCGACAGCUUCCAACAUUUUACCGACUUCUUACUAUCUCAAGGAGAUACAAUUCUUUCACUGCCCAUCAAUGGGGAACUCUGGAAAGUCAGGGGUGUUUUUCUCGAGUUUUGCAAAGAGGAUACCUAUCACACACCAACCACAUACACAGAUUUCAUUGAUUAUCUCCGAUUGUUUCAGACUCUCAGUGGAGGGUCGUUGCAUUUCUCAACUAAUUUGUCUCAUGCGUUGACGAGUACGAUAAGUAGACCCAGGUUGAUCUGGAUUAAUUUCACCACAAUAAAGAUUUUACACUAUCGAUUGAGGGGAUUGGCACCACCCAAGAAACAGCCAGCGAGACGAAAGGAGGCUAAGUCUUUACUAGAUUUUAUUUCUCAAAAGGCCUCAACCCCUACAGUCGAGCUUGGUCAGGUGACAAGAUUAACAGUAGAGGUUAUGACGGAUUUUCUCCAUAAAGUUACAGCCAGGACAAGUUUGGGAAGAGAAAGGGCAAAAUUGAGAACUUUUAAAGUGCCAUUCCCACAAGUGUGCAGUGACAGUAAACAUGCAUUGCAGUUGGCAAACUCUGGUUUAAAUAAAAGGGAGUACAUACUGAGCUCCAAACAAUUGGCCCUGGAGUACAUUGUCCAUCAAAGAAUACAGCAAGCAAGGAACGCUCUAUCUGCUGAAACUUACCAAUGCUCACUUGGCAAAAUCCACUUUCUUCCUAUAUUGUAUAAUCACACUGAUGUCAAUUUGGGAGAUUGUUCGUACUUGGAUACAUGCCACAAGAUGAGAACCUGUCGUUAUCUUCAUUAUUUCACACUAAACCCUCUCAAGUCUGAGUCGGCAAUGAAGAUGGUGGAAAAAGAUCUUGACUAUACCAUAGGACAAUGCUUUAGUGAAUCGUUUCGUUCAAUCACACCUCCACAAUGGAUCAAUUGCGAUGUUCGCAGUUUGCCAUUUGGUAUCUUGGGCAAAUUUGCCGUCAUCAUAUCUGAUCCUGCUUGGGAUAUUCACAUGUCUUUGCCAUAUGGAACUUGCAAGGAUGACGAGUUGUUGGAAUUGCCAAUGCACGAGCUUCAAGACGAGGGUAUCAUUAUGUUAUGGGUUACUGGACGUUCAAUUGAGAUUGGACGUAGGGCUUUGCGCAAAUGGGGCUACCAAAUUAGUGAUGAAAUGAUUUGGAUCAAGUUGAACCAGUUGAAAAGAACAAUCGUUACAGGAAGAACUGGCCAUUGGUUGAAUCACUCAAAAGAGCAUCUCUUGGUUGGCCUCAAAGGUGACCCACGUUGGCUCAAUUUGCGAGUAGAUACAGAUGUUGUCGUUAGCAGUACAAGAGAAACAUCUAGGAAGCCAGACGAAUUUUAUGACAUCAUUGAAAGAUUGGUGGGCCCACACGCAAGGAAAUUGGAGAUUUUUGGUAGAGCUCACAAUACCAGACCAGGGUGGUUGACCAUUGGCAACCAACUACAAGGUGUAUCAUUACACGAGCCUGAAGUUAAAUACAACUAUGAAAUGUAUAUUAGUCAAAAUCCAAACUAG